AUGACAACUUACUAUGAAGUUCUUGGAGUGAGCGAAACUGCUUCUCUUGACUUAAUAAAACAAAGAUUUCACCAGUUAAUAUUACAACAUCAUCCAGACAAAUCAACCAAUGAAAACAAUUAUACAGCACAAAAGGUCUUGAAAGCAUGGGAAGUGCUAAGGAAUGCUGAGAGCCGUAAAAAAUACGAUAUCGAGCUUGAAAGCAAAAGAAACAAAAACGAUUUAGCUAUCGGUGCCGAGAUUGAUUUGGAUGAUAUGGAAUAUGCAGAAGAAGAUAGAAGCUACUUUUAUGAAUGUCGUUGUUCUGGAGAUUACAUAAUCACAGAAAUAGACCUUGAACAUGGCAUUGACAUUGUAGGCUGCAACAAUUGUUCACUCAAGAUUCGAGUGUUGUAUGAAGUCUUGGAAGAAGAAGAGUGA